GAAAUACUUUAGCUUGCUUUGCAGCUACUUUCAGCCCUUAGGAAAGGAGUGAUCCUUCUAUAGCAUCAGCCUGAAGAUUUCUGUGUACGUGGGACUGUGGUUCAAUUCCUGAUGGAAGAGCAAAGCGUUAUCACCGAAGUCCCAGCAGCCUUAAAGCGCCUGGCCAAAUACAUGGUGCGUGGCUUCUACGGAGUAGAGUACUCCUUGGCCCUUGAUGUGCUGAUCCGCUACCCCUGCGUGAAAGAGGAUGACUUGUUAGAGCUGCUGAAGUAUGAACGCAAACAGCUGCGUACUGUUCUCAACACGCUCAAGGCAGACAAGUUUGUGAAGCUGCGCAUGCGAGUUGAGACGGGCCCUAACGGGAAGAGCACAAGGCACAACUACUAUUACAUCAAUUACAAGGUGCUGGUGGAUGUGGUAAAAUACAAACUGGACCACAUACGCCGGAAGAUAGAAGCGGAUGAGCGGGAUUCGACUACCAGGUCCUCUUUUAAAUGUCCAUCUUGCUCCAGCACCUACACGGACCUGGAAGUCAAUCAGCUCUUUGAUGUAUUUACAGAGACUUUCCGCUGCACUUACUGCAACACUGAAGUAGAGGAAGAUGCUUCAGCGCUUCCUAAGAGAGAUGCUCGGACCCUGCUAGCAAAAUUCAAUGAGCAGAUUGAACCUAUCUUUGCACUACUGCGUGAGACUGAAGAUAUUGUUCUGCCAUAUGACUUGCUGGAGCCUCAGCCAACAGAAAUCCCAGAAUUAUCAGAAAGCUUUGAUCAGAAGAUAUGUUCAAGUGUGCUGGAGCCCUGUGGCAGACCUGAAAAAUGGGCCACCAGAAGUUCGUCAUUUGGCAACAUGUAUACUCAAAACUUAGUUAUUGAUGUCCAAGAUUCUGAGCCCAAGAAGAAAAAGGGAGAAAAAGCAACUAAAGAGCAACCUAUCUGGAUGUCACAGAGCACUGUGGAAGGAGCAACAACAGUCACCAACAAUAGUGCUGGAGUAAAUGCUUCUCAAGAAACUGAAGAAAGUAAUAAAGAAACUAUCCCCGAGAAUGAAAUAAUCAAGACUCUUCUGAUCCAUGAAUCCAAGUCACUGUCUAGCACAAACUGUGCUCCUGUUGUCAAAAGCAAACUACCCGAGUCAGGCAGUGACACUAGCGAGUCUGAAGAUGCCAAGCACUCAAGAACAGCGUUAACAAAAGUAGGAGGCAGCAACUUUGAACAAGAGGAGGAACAGGAAGCUCUAAAUCCUGUUUUAAUGGUAGCUGGUCAGCCUUACUCGUACAGUGAAGUUAGUGAAAAUCCAGAGCUUGUAUCUCUCAUGACAAAUGAAGAGAGAGAAGCUUACAUAAAGGUAGGACAAGAAAUGUUCCAGUCUGUCUUUGAAUAAAUACUAGUAUACUGAAUAUGCAAAUGCAUAGAGUGAGGAAAGUUUUCUUUUUAAUUAAGACAAAAUUAGUUUAAGUUCUGGUCUUAAAUUUACCAUUAAUGGGUUAAAUUUUGUUUGAAUUCUGUGCUGUUAUGCGAGAUAGCACAACAAAAUGCUACCUGUAGUAGCCAACUGCAGUUCAGAAUACUAGCACUGCAGUGAAAGUAACCCAAGUUAUUGUGGGUUUUCUGUUGUCUUAAUGCUUAGACUGUGUGAAUGCUGUAAUCAGGGGUUUUGGAGCAUGAAUCAUUCCAGGAUACAAUGGAAUACAAUGAUCUGAUGAAAAUAAAGUUUCAAAAGCAAUGUCACAAUCUCUUAAGAAAUCAAUUACUGCACCUUUCUCCUAAAAGUAGCAGAGUUCUGUAGCAAAUAUGAAUCAAAUUCCACCAUGAUUUGGUUUUGCUCUGUACCAGUGCAUCCUAUUUUUUUGUUGGGUCAUUCACCAUACAGAUAUACUGUUGUAACAAAUGUUACAUAGCAACUUUCCUCUAAGCAAAGAGUUGCCACUAAAUUUUGUUGGCUAUACAAGAGAAUCAGCUCUGGUAUAUUAACUU